UUAGACAACAAAAAUCACUCGUUUUUAAUAUUGAAGCAAAAAUGAAGAUUUUCAGGAAGCUAGCCAAGAUUAUAUCCUGUUAUAAUUCAAAUAAAAAAAUACACAUCGGACGGGCAGUGUUUCCCAAUGUCUAAACCCAACCACCUAAUAUGCUUCAAGCAGUGGACGGCGGAAAUGGUGAUGAAUAUUAUAAGCAGCGCGAUAAACCUUAAGUAUUGCUAUAAAGACACUCAUUGCAAGCGAAUGAACGUCCUCCAAGACUGCAAGAUUAUGAUUCUACAGGAGGUGAACGAGCCAGUUCUGAACAUGGCCGUGUCGAAAGCAGCAACCUUGCUGGGCGCGUACGAUUGCAGCAUCAUUGACAAUGUUGUUUGGAAUAAGGACUACAAUGGGAGUAUUUUCUCAUACAUGGCGGACGCGAUAUUCGUAGCGACAUCGACACAUCAUUGCAUUCAGCGAUUUGCGAACCAAGCCACGGUGCCAGUCAUGUGUAUGAGGUCUAGAACUCAUGCCAGCAUACAAGCGCUUUCUACCGUCAUGGCUAUUAUUGAAGAGUAUGGAGAGAUGAGAUGUCUAAACAUAGGUUGGAUUGGACCAGCUCAUCCUGUGUUGAACUCGUAUCUGCUGCUCUGCCCUAUGCUUGGAGCGAAUAUUAAGUUUUGCUGCUGCUGUCCAAAGUGUCCCGUAACCCCACUCCUCUAUAAAGCGAGCAAGGACCUCAAAGAGACCACCCACACAGUCGUGGAGACAUGUAAGGAGAAGUGUGCGGUGUUAGUUAAAUCUGACAUUGUCAUCGCCGGCCCCACUACGCAGAAGAAGGACAAAAUACAGUAUUUCACUUUUGGCUUAAAAGAAAUUCAAGGUAGCUGCAACAAGCAUUGGAUUUUCUUCCACACUUGCCCGAGAGGUGAGGAAGUGAAAGAUGAUCUGUUUUAUCAUGAAAACACACGGACAUUCAGAUGUUUUGAGAACAUGCAGUUUAUAGCGGCCGCUCUGAUGGCAAAUGGUGUUAAAGGGCAUAUAUUUUAAUGGUUUCACGACGAAGAACCUGUGUGGUAGGGACUCAUGAACUUUGCUCAGAUACCAAACCCAGAGCCCAGCGGGUUGUCACCAUACAAGCGGGCGGUUAUAGAUAACAUCCAGUUUCUGACAUAGUGUGCCAAUUUUUUGUCUGGUAAUGAAUGUUUCAACAAAUUUCAUGUGUUGGUAAUGUAAAAUUGUUUUUGGUAAUUAAUUGGAAAAGAAGUAAUUGAAUUGUGUACAAAUAAUCGUAAUACAUGUUUAUGAAAAA